AGCGCGCAGGCGCGGCGCUGAUGGCGGUGGCGGCCCCGGGCGCGCCCGCCUAGGCCGGAGCAGCAUCCGCCGCCAUCCGCCGCCGCCCGCACGGUUCAGUGAAGCUGCAGUAGCUGAAGCGAACCCGUUGCCAACAUGUUCCUGUACAACCUGACGCUGCAGCGUGCCACUGGCAUCAGCUUUGCCAUCCAUGGCAAUUUCUCGGGAACCAAACAGCAAGAAAUCGUCGUUUCCCGGGGCAAGAUCCUGGAGCUGCUGCGCCCCGACCCCAACACGGGGAAGGUCCACACGCUGCUGACCGUGGAGGUGUUCGGGGUCAUCCGCUCCCUCAUGGCCUUCAGGCUGACGGGGGGCACCAAGGACUACAUCGUGGUGGGCAGUGACUCGGGGCGCAUCGUCAUCCUGGAGUACCAGCCCUCCAAGAACGUCUUCGAGAAGAUCCACCAGGAGACCUUCGGCAAGAGCGGCUGCCGCAGGAUUGUGCCGGGCCAGUACCUGGCUGUGGACCCGAAGGGCCGCGCUGUCAUGAUCAGUGCCAUCGAGAAGCAGAAGCUGGUGUACAUCCUGAACAGAGAUGCUGCUGCUCGUCUCACCAUUUCCUCCCCGCUGGAAGCCCACAAGGCCAAUACUUUGGUGUACCACGUGGUGGGAGUCGAUGUGGGGUUUGAAAACCCCAUGUUUGCAUGUCUGGAAAUGGAUUAUGAGGAAGCAGACAAUGAUCCAACAGGAGAAGCUGCAGCCAACACACAACAGACGCUGACAUUUUACGAGCUGGACCUGGGUUUGAACCACGUCGUUAGGAAAUACAGUGAGCCCCUGGAGGAGCACGGCAACUUCCUCAUAACAGUUCCUGGUGGUUCUGAUGGCCCUAGUGGGGUGCUGAUCUGUUCUGAAAACUACAUUACCUACAAAAACUUCGGCGACCAGCCUGACAUCAGAUGCCCAAUUCCCAGGAGGAGGAACGACUUGGAUGACCCAGAGAGAGGUAUGAUUUUUGUCUGCUCUGCUACACACAAGACCAAGUCCAUGUUCUUCUUCCUGGCCCAGACAGAGCAGGGGGACAUCUUCAAAAUUACCCUGGAGACUGAUGAAGACAUGGUGACAGAGAUUCGACUGAAGUACUUUGACACUGUUCCUGUGGCUGCUGCCAUGUGUGUGCUGAAAACGGGAUUUCUCUUCGUGGCGUCUGAAUUUGGAAACCAUUACCUGUACCAGAUCGCUCACCUGGGGGACGAUGAUGAGGAGCCAGAGUUUUCCUCUGCCAUGCCUCUCGAGGAAGGAGACACGUUCUUCUUCCAGCCACGGCCUCUCAAGAACCUGGUGCUGGUGGAUGAGUUGGACAGUUUGUCUCCUAUUCUGUGCUGUCAGAUAGCAGAUUUGGCCAAUGAAGACACACCCCAGUUGUACGUGGCUUGUGGUCGGGGGCCCAGGUCGUCUCUGAGAGUUUUAAGACACGGACUUGAGGUCUCUGAAAUGGCUGUCUCAGAGCUGCCUGGUAACCCCAAUGCUGUGUGGACUGUCAGGAGACAUGUUGAAGAUGAAUUCGAUGCCUACAUCAUCGUGUCCUUCGUGAACGCCACCCUGGUGCUCUCUAUCGGAGAGACUGUAGAAGAAGUGACUGACUCUGGAUUCCUGGGUACCACACCCACCUUGUCCUGCUCUCUUCUUGGUGAUGAUGCUUUGGUGCAGGUCUAUCCAGAUGGGAUCCGGCACAUCCGAGCAGAUAAGAGAGUAAAUGAAUGGAAGACACCAGGGAAGAAAACCAUUGUGAAAUGUGCUGUGAACCAGAGACAAGUAGUGAUAGCACUGACUGGAGGAGAACUGGUUUACUUUGAGAUGGACCCGUCAGGACAGCUGAAUGAGUACACAGAGAGAAAGGAGAUGUCGGCUGACGUCGUUUGCAUGAGUCUGGCCAACGUUCCCCCCGGGGAGCAGCGCUCCCGCUUCCUUGCUGUUGGGUUGGUGGACAACACUGUCAGAAUUAUCUCCCUUGACCCUUCGGAUUGUUUACAGCCGCUGAGCAUGCAGGCGCUGCCCGCGCAGCCUGAGUCGCUGUGCAUCGUGGAGAUGGGCGGCACGGAGAAGCAGGACGAGCUGGGGGAGAGGGGCUCCAUUGGCUUUCUGUACCUCAACAUCGGCCUGCAGAACGGUGUGCUGCUGAGGACUGUCCUGGAUCCUGUCACCGGUGACCUCUCCGACACCAGGACCAGGUACCUCGGCUCACGGCCCGUCAAGCUCUUCCGUGUCCGAAUGCAGGGCCAGGAGGCGGUGCUGGCCAUGUCCAGCCGCUCCUGGCUGAGUUAUUCCUACCAGUCUCGCUUCCACCUGACCCCCCUGUCCUACGAGACCCUGGAGUUUGCAUCUGGUUUUGCUUCCGAGCAGUGCCCGGAGGGCAUCGUGGCCAUCUCCACAAACACACUGAGGAUUUUGGCCCUGGAGAAGCUGGGAGCAGUCUUCAACCAGGUUGCCUUCCCGUUGCAGUACACACCCCGAAAAUUUGUCAUUCACCCAGAGAGCAACAACCUGAUCAUCAUUGAGACAGACCACAAUGCUUACACUGAGGCCACCAAGGCACAGAGGAAGCAGCAAAUGGCUGAGGAAAUGGUGGAGGCUGCAGGUGAGGAUGAGAGGGAGCUGGCUGCUGAGAUGGCUGCAGCCUUUCUCAACGAGAACCUCCCCGAGUCCAUCUUCGGUGCUCCCAAGGCAGGGAAUGGACAGUGGGCCUCUGUUAUCAGGGUGAUGAACCCCAUCCAGGGAAAUACCUUAGAUCUGGUCCAGCUGGAGCAGAACGAAGCUGCCUUCAGCGUGGCCGUGUGCCGCUUCUCCAAUACUGGGGACGAGUGGUACGUGCUGGUGGGAGUCGCCAAGGACCUGAUCCUCAACCCGCGCUCCGUUGCCGGGGGGUUUGUCUACACGUACAAGCUGGUGAACAGUGGUGAGAAGCUGGAGUUCCUGCACAAGACCCCCGUGGAGGAGGUUCCUGCAGCCAUUGCCCCGUUCCAAGGCCGAGUGUUAAUUGGAGUUGGAAAGCUCUUGCGUGUGUACGACCUCGGCAAGAAGAAACUGCUUCGGAAAUGUGAGAAUAAGCACAUUGCCAACUACAUCUGCGGGAUCCAAACCAUCGGGCACAGGGUGAUUGUUUCUGACGUUCAGGAGAGUUUCAUCUGGGUGCGUUACAAAAGGAACGAGAACCAGCUCAUCAUCUUCGCCGAUGACACCUAUCCCCGCUGGGUCACCACAGCAACCCUCCUGGAUUAUGACACCGUGGCUGGAGCAGACAAGUUUGGUAACAUCUGCGUGGUGAGAUUGCCUCCCAACACCAAUGAUGAGGUAGAUGAGGAUCCCACAGGCAACAAAGCUCUCUGGGACAGAGGGCUUCUUAAUGGAGCAUCACAGAAGGCUGAAGUGAUUAUGAAUUACCACGUGGGAGAGACGGUGCUUUCCCUGCAGAAGACCACGCUGAUCCCGGGAGGCUCCGAGUCUCUUGUCUACACCACCCUGUCGGGGGGCAUAGGAAUCUUGGUCCCUUUCACUUCCCACGAGGAUCACGACUUCUUCCAGCACGUGGAAAUGCACUUACGGUCUGAGCACCCUCCUCUCUGUGGCCGAGACCAUCUCAGCUUCCGCUCCUACUACUUCCCAGUGAAGAACGUGAUAGAUGGGGACCUGUGUGAGCAGUUCAACUCCAUGGAGCCAAACAAACAGAAGAAUGUGGCUGAGGAGCUGGACCGGACCCCACCCGAGGUAUCCAAGAAGCUGGAAGACAUCCGCACACGCUACGCUUUCUGAGGGGCAGCUGGCAGGGGCAGAACAGCUGACAGCUCCUCUGGAUGCUCUUCCAGGCACUGUUGGGAGGAGGAAUGUGUGCUUUUCUUCCCCUUUUCAAAUAUUGGUUUGGUCCUCUUGGUUUAUGUUUCAAAGCAACCUGACUUCAGUAAAUGCAGUAUCAGCUGUUAGGUCUCCCAACACAUCCCGCUGCGUUUGUGAAGGCUCCUGACAUUCCAGCUUCCAGCCAGAGCAGUUCUCUCUUGGGAAGUGCCCCAGGCAGGAUGCAGACUGACCCUCAACCCCAUCUCCUUGUCCUCCCUUUAGGAUGGGGGAGCCCCUGGGUGUCUUGCAGAAAGUCCUGUAGGGCAGAUCCGCCUGAGUCUUUGUGGUGUCAAGUGGGAUUUGUGACUUCCCAGUGUUUUAGGAAAGGAAAGAGCUGUGGCAUGAUUCAGGAUUACCAGGCCGCUCUUAAUAGUGCUCUGGGUUUCCACCAGCCCAGGGAGCAGCUGAUGGGAAGCCUGGCUGUGUGGAGGGUGUAGCUGUCACACUUGAUUUGAACGUUUUCUUCUGAAUUGCAGGGGGUUUUUUUUGGACUCGCCGUUUUUGACUGUUUUCCCUGUAAAUAGAGUUUUGUACAAUGUUGACUCUCUUGGGGGUGGGGAAGAGCGAGGCCUGAGUCUGGGACUUGAUUUGUUUCAUAAUAACUUUGGCAAGAGAGUGUCUCCAAGCUGUGACUGUGAGCAGCACAUGAAGAAUAAAAGCCUGUUUUUUCACUA